UUUAUAUGCAUCUCUCUCUCUCUCUGUGUAUGUGUGUGUGUGUGUAGUCUGUGGCUAUAAAAAAAAGAUUGUAUUAACAGGAUGUGGUCCCUUAAACUCUUGUUUUCAUAGCAUGGCUCAUGCACUGUGUCAAGCCCAGUGUGGGGCCCAGGUGGCUAAUAUUUACUCUUAUCAAAUGCCAAGAAAUGUCAAACUUUCAUUGCAUUUCUAGAAGCAAUCAAUGCAUGCACAAAUCAAAACUUCAGACUGUCCCAGUACCACAGACACCCUAAAAAAUCCAUAGAAGUAAUACGAGUAAAGAAUAAGUCUUGCAUCAGAUGGCUUUGCAUCUCUGAAGCUUUGAUUUGGCUUUUUUUUGUGCUUUGUAAACUUUUUAGCAAAGUUGUGGUUAGUAAGUCACUAAUGCAAUGAGCAGAGAGAGAGAGAGAGAGAGAGAAAGGAUGAGUAGCAGAAAGGAAGAAGUAGAGUGAUAUAGAAAGACAGAUCCUUCUGACAGAAUGAGGUGAAGGGGAGGAGCAGACAGAGAAUGAGCGGUAAAGAUAGAAGGAUGAAGGGUAGGUGGUCAAGUACACAGACAGACCUCAGCAUCCAUGCUGCCUGCGCAGACUACUGAAGGCAAAGGAUCCAAGUAGUGAUGAAGGAUUACUGGCGUUCCCUUCUGUUCAUCUUCAUCAUACUUUGUGGAACCUGCCAGUCCAGCAACUCACAAACAGGAGAUCUGACCUGUGUGAAUGACUACAUGACAAACAUUUCUUGCGUGUGGUGGAACUAUAGCAAUUUCUCCAACCAGCAAUGUGAGCUUGAGGUUAACUGUAAAAUAAGUCCAAGCAGCCAAUCAAAAUCUUCCAGAUGUGAGCUGGUGCCGCAGAACAACCUCUCAAAUUCUCCCAGAAGCUGUUUUUUAUUUUGUGAAAAUGCUUACUUCUUUUUCCUUAGCAAAAUGGUAUUGUCUGUGAGCUGUAAUGGAUCACUCAUCAGCAGCCUGCAUUAUAAGCCAGGCCGACACAUUAAGACGCAACCACCAGAUAAGCCUGUUGUGAAUGGGAGCAACGUGUCUUGGAGUAAAGGCAGUAACUUUCCUAAAUCCAUUAAGAAGCAUGAAUUUCAAUUGCAGUUUAAAGAUGCACAUACAAGCUGGGAGAUGGCAAAACCCGGCCAACUCUCUCAAGAAAACUACACGCAGCUCAACCAUGAUUUACUGACUGUAGGAGAAGAAUACCAGGCCAGGGUGCGUGUGAAGCCAGUUGAGCCGAAAACUGACGGUCAUUUUCGGGGGGAAUGGAGUGAAUGGAGUCCUGCCGUAUCCUGGAGGUCUGAGAUUGGAAACCUACCAGUGAAACCAAAAGAGGAUUCACCCAAAAAGCGUGAUAAUAUGCCUGUAAUUAUGAUUGUUGGAUUCAACCUACUGCUUGGUCUCAUUAUCAUACCAAUAAUCAUCUAUAAAGUAAAGAAAAGCAGCCGGCCAUUAAAACCAAUACAACAUGUUCCAGACCCAUCCAAAUACUUCCAGCCUCUUCAUACCAUUCAUGGUGGAAACUUCCGGAAAUGGCUGGGCGGUCAGAAUUCAGUCGGCCCAUUUCUUACGCCUCAAUCCAGUGAUGACAUCUCACCCGUGGAGGUCUCCGAUAUGUGGGACGUCUCCUUAAUGGAUCCCGAUGCCCAGAUGUCCACCACCAUGCUAGUUCACGCCGGUCAGGUGGACUCUGGAGUGGAGAACAGCGGCACCAGUAAAGCAUCGUCCUCCUCAGGUUUCUAUAACAUGGGCUACUUCUAUAGCAAAUCUCAUACUGGCUCACUCUACCUGGAAUCCUGUCCCGUGUAUUUCUCUUACCACCCUGAUGAGGGCACCCACUCUUCUCUCUCAUCGUCCAGCUCUUCGUGCCACUCUUUGGGAUCCCCAAGUUCCCUGCCGGAGCAGCCGAUGAGCCCGGAUUCAGGAUUUGCCAUGUCUGAUGAGCAGCAUUGUGAGGAUGAUGGAGAUGGUGAAGAGAUAGGAGGCGCGGAGAGAGCAGUGGCAGAAGGAAAGGCAUUGGUUUCCUUCAUUAUGUCACUGUCUCAGGGUGGCGUUCAGCCGGCUGAGGUUUUCCCUCCAGUACCUGUCUUCUCAGCCUGGUCUGAACUUGUAAAGGCGCCCAGCUGUGCUUCUCUCUGUGAGCCAGCAGAGAGCACUGCACUCAGACCUGCCUCCAUGAUCGAGCCCAGCGGGAGCGGAUAUCUCACCCUGAAGGAGAUGCAGAAGUACAGCAAUAAAUCCAUCUGAAAGAAGGUUCAUGGGUAGAUCAGUGCAGGAUAAAAAAAGUAUGAACUGCCUUUCAAAUGUUUAGAGUUGGUUAUAUAAUAAAAGUUCCCUUUAUUUAGUCACCAAGGCUGUAUUUUUAAAAUCAAAAAUACAUCAAAUCAGUAGAAUUGUUAAAUAUUAUCAAAAUGUAAAACAACCUUCAAAUAUAAUUCAUUCGUGUGAUGAUUUUUAGCAACAUUACUUCAAAUCUUCAGUUACACAAGCCUUUUGAAAAAUCACUGUAAAAUGCUGAUUUGAAAUGUUUAGUAUAGGCCAGUAGCCAGGUAGGGUUCGGGUGGUUCGAAGGACCCAUGCCUCACUGACAAAAAUCCUGAAUUUGUCCCAUACAUGAGCUCAUUUGUCCUAUUUUGACUGCUAUGCCAUCAUAAAUUGUGACAAUAACUAAUCGAAGAAGGCUUUAAAAAAACUUUUUACAAGUAACUUUAUUUCUAAAUCUUGGACCUUAUACUUGAAAGGGGAACAUAAGAGCAAUAAAAAGCUUAUAAAACUUAAUUUGAAUACUAAUUAGGCUAUUGUUGGUAUCCAUGAAUUUUCAAAUGUAUUUUGUACAAGAAAGGCUAGAAAAAUCAGAAAGCUCUACAUUGUUAUUAUUUUCAUUACUAUCAUUAUUAUCAUCAUCAUCAUUAUUAUUAUUAUUAUUAUUAUUAUUAUUAUUAUUAACAUUUUUUAUUAUUUGAGUGGACAAAGUCUGACAGGAAAGUUGAAUGUGCUGCCCAGUUUGUUAUUUGCCUGAUAAACAAAUGAAAAUUUACUAUUUUACAAAACAAUUUACUUAAAGCCUUAAGAGAUAUAUAUAUUUCAGUAUUCAAAACUUUAGGAAAAGUUGUACAUUUUGGUACAUUAAAAAGUGUGAUUAUGAUGACCACCCAACAAGCUAGUCCAGCAAAAAGUAGUGCUUUAAAUGUCAUUAAAAGUAUUUAAGCUGCAUUAAACCACAUAGUUGAAUAGAAAAUGCGGCGAAUAACUGCAAAAGGAUCUAUUUUUUGAGAAAAAAGAACCACCCCUUUCACCAGGCUAGCUACAGGACUGUAUUAUUAUGAUCAACAAUAAAAAAAGGGUUUAUCAAUAUUUUUGUAAGAAGGAAUUUUUUAAUAUGAAUAUGAACUAUUUUGAGAUUUAUGAAAGAAAAUGUCCUUUUUUGGAACAAUAUUUCUGUAACUUUUAAUUAAAUAAUAUAAUAAUAAUAAUAAUAAUAAUAAUAAUAAUAAUAAUAAUAAUAAUAAUAAUUCAUAUAACUUUUAAAAGGCUGUAUUGUUUAAAGACUCACAAAAAAGCUACAGAACAUUCUGACAUUUUUUGCUUCAAAAAUACAGUGCAGUUCAUUGAACACAAUUGUAGCAACAUGCUGCAAUAGCUGCACAUACUCUGACACUCUAUAGGGAUAAGUGAACCUGACAGCAUAUUAUUCCAGUGAAGAUAAACAAACCAUAAAUAUUAAAUAUAAUAGGGCAUUAUAAAUAAAUCUUGCUCUUAAAAAUGUACAUAUGUAAUCAAAAGUAGACCAGAGACUUUUAAAAAAGUGUGGUCUCCAUUCGGUCACUUUUAAAUGGAUAGAAAAAAUGGAUGUAUUUAGAAAGAUGACUGCAAUUUAAAAUUUAAUGUAAUAAUGUUUUUUUUUUAUAAUAUACGCACAUGCAUUGGUCAAUUUAAAUGUAUUUUUUAUAGUAUAUAAUAUAUUUUAAAUGUCAUUUCUGUUUAACAAAUGUUGAGGUGGGAAAAUACAUUUUGAAAUAUUAUAUACGUUAAUAUUCUGCUGCGUUUUGUAAUAUAAAUAAAAAUUAUUAAAAACAAAGGUCAUAAUGUCCUCUAAAAUGAUCUCAAAUAGCCGUUUUGAACAUAUUUCUUAGACCUAACAUCUAUUAACAAUAUGUUCAAAUAGUGACUGUGUAAUACUAGUUUAUGCAAGUAGCUCUUUUAACCCCAGUCUCCCCUGAAGAUUCAAUAUGCAAUACUGCUAUGUAACUGCUACUUAUAUACUUUACUUUAUUCCAUUUCAAUGAAUAAUAUACUAUCAUAAUAAGGUUGAGGAUCCACAGCAGCUGCAUUAAAACGGGUCAGAACUGUUACAUUCCAGAUACUUCUGUACAGAGACAUGAUAAGCUAGAUUAAAAAGUUCUGGAUUCAGUACUAAAGCUUUUUUUGAAGGUCAGUUUCAAUGCAAUAAGGAGACAGCUUAAACGACAUGUUUUUGAAUGGAGGUAUUGAUAUUAGCUGCUUAGACAAAAAUGCAAGCUUCACAUUUGUGUUUUUGAACCCCUCUUACAGACUUGCAUUACAGAACAUGUUAAAAUGAUUGUCUUUUGUGAUCGUCAGUUUGCUGAACGCAAAACAUUGAUAUACUUUGUGUUGUAUUUUACGUGUUAAUUGACAUGAAGUAAGCAUCUGUCUAAUAUCUGUUGUCUGCUUUGCUGAUUUCAUAAUGUUUAAUUUGGCAAUUUAGCUUAUAUAACUUAAACUGUAAUGCCA